AGCUCACGUUGCCUCUUACAUACCUACGUAAGGUAGGUAGGUGGGUAGUGAUCAGAGACGGGCGAUUUUGUCUUUACGAUAUCAAAAUCUAUAAAGGAUUGUGGAAGAUGGCACUGAGCAAUUUCGAGAAGGCGGAGAGACUAGAAAAGCUCUAUUUCGCAUAUGGUUCGAACCUGUCGACCACACAGAUGCAGCACCGAUGUCCGCGUUCUCCUCCGGUCGGCCUAGCGCACCUCACCGGUUGGACUUGGAUCAUCAACGAGCGCGGAUACGCCAACAUUGUCGAGGACGCGGAUAAAUCCGACCCAAACAGCACUUCCGCCCGACCGGGGGUUUAUGGGCUAGUCUACCGAUUGCAUCCCGACGAUGAAGCAACGCUGGACGGAUACGAGGGGGUAGGAUAUGCAUAUGAAAAAUUAAUGGUGAAAAUCGACGGGGCGAGUUUUUUAGAGCGAGACCCGGACCAGGGUUCAUCAUGGACCGCCGUUGAAGCUUCACCUGAGAAUGGGGCCAAGAAACCCACACAACCGGCCGAAGAGGCAGCAUUAUUCGGUCAUGAGGAGGAGGUCGAGCUGCUCGCUUAUGUCGACCCAUAUCGUGUCACACCGUCAGCGCCCAAGGAAGAGUAUAUCGACCGGAUGAACUUGGGCAUCAAAGAAGCAUCGAAGUGGGGGUUGCACGCUUCAUAUGUCAAUGAGGUUAUGCGGUCAUAUAUUCCUGUACGACCGCAUGGGAAAUCGUGACGACUCUGCAGAAGAUUCCACUUCUGUGGAUGGCAGGUCCACGGUACAAUACUAUCAAGAGAGCGAGGGGUGGAAUAAUAAUCCCAGGUCAUGCCAAGUAAAACUUAUUUCUACCAUUGCACGAAUACUACACUUGGUAGAUGAAGGAAGGGAUGCCGAUUGGUUUUCGUAUCGGUUCUUCAAGAGGAAUGAGGGGCUAUACCUAGGUAGUAUGCUGUUUGCCAAACCAUUGUAGAGUCUAAAACCCGAACCCUCUCUUCAGUAUAGUGACGUCCGACUUCCGUCAUUUUCGAGUUCCUCGCCCUGUGAGAGAUACUUACGUA